AUGGCUAUGUACCUCAAAAGUCAGGCGGUACUCACACUCAUACCGCAGAGAUAUCAUGCUCUUGCUAGAAAAUCAAAUGCCGGCCGUCGAUGCUCCUUAACCCCGAAUAGCGCAACCGCUUCACAGUUCUUUCAGAAAGCUGCAAGCUCAACCAGCACGAAACCUCCAGGUCCAAGUGAUGCGGACGUCCGAUCACCGGCCUCCCCGUCAAGUCGAUCUUCCCUCCGCCCGGAAAGUAUUCCCAAACCGCCCCAAUCUCCUCCCGUUCAAGGUCAGACUUCUCCAGGCUCAGAGGUGCUGCCGCCAGAUCAUGAGUCCUCCACACCGCCGCCGCCGCCGCCGCCGCCCCAAGGCCCCAAAUCCAGCCGAUUACGCAAACUACUCUACCUGUUUCUCACAGCUGGGCUUGCGUAUGCUGGGGGUGUCUGGUACUCCCUUCGGUCGGAUAACUUCUACGAUUUCUUCACCGAAUAUAUCCCAUAUGGCGAGGAAGCGGUUCUGUAUCUUGAAGAACGUGAUUUCCGGAAUCGGUUCCCUCACGUUACAAAACAGAUUAAUCGGCGCGUCACAGUUCCAAAAGAUGAAGGUGCUCAGGUUACGAUACCAAGCGGAAGCGGAUUGUCAUGGAAGGUUGCAGAAGAGCAACAGGAAGCGACCGAUAUGACUAAGAAAGGAAGACGCAUGGGUACCGCCCAUGCGAAUGAGCCAACAAAAGAUAUCAAGGUUGCUGAAAAGGCCAAGGAGGAGGUGAAGAGCAAAUCAGCGGCUAAGAAGGAGGACGUGGCUGCAAACAUACCAAUUCAAGAGGAUCUCGAACCUCAACCUGCAAAGGCAGAGGAGAGGAAUUUGGAUGCUCCAAGGCAACCUGCAGUUCCGGCCGCUACUACUAUCGAGCGCUUGGUUCAGGAUAAAGUGGAUGAGCCCGUCGUACAGGACCUAGUGAAAGUCUUCAAUGACGUAAUUUCCGUAAUCAGCGCUGAUGAAUCUGCCUCUAAGUUCGCCGGCCCCAUUGCCAAGGCGAAGGAGGAGUUGCAGAGGAUCGGGGACCGCAUCGUUGCUUUGAAGAAAGAUGCUCAGGAAUCGGCGCAGGAAGAAAUCAGAAAUGCGCACGCCGCCUUUGACAAGUCUGCCGCAGAGCUCAUUCGACGUAUUGACGAAGUCCGCACCCAGGACGCUGCUGAGUUUCGCGAAGAGUUUGAAUCUGAGCGAGAAAAAAUCGCCAGGUCAUACCAGGAAAAAGUCAACACAGAGCUUCAGCGGGCUCAUGAAGUGGCCGAACAACGCCUUCGCAAUGAACUAGUUGAGCAGGCCAUUGAGUUAAACCGUAAAUUUCUCUCUGAUGUCAAGACCCUCGUUGAGAAUGAGCGUGAGGGUCGCCUAAGCAAGUUGGCUGAACUGACCGCUAACGUCGCGGAACUGGAACGGCUCACUGCCGGAUGGAGCGACGUGGUUGACAUCAAUCUGAAGACCCAACAGCUUCAGGUUGCAGUUGAUGCCGUACGAACGACUCUGGAGAACUCCGAUGUGCCUCGCCCGUUCGUUCGCGAAUUGGCUGCGGUGAAGGAGCUUGCGUCUAAUGAUGAAGUUGUUGCGGCUGCCAUUGCCUCGAUCAGCCCCGCAGCUUACCAACGUGGAAUCCCAUCCGCGGCUCAGCUGGUUGAAAGAUUCCGAAGGGUAGCUAGCGAAGUUCGCAAAGCUAGCCUGUUGCCUGAAAACGCUGGUAUCACGAGCCACGCUGCCAGUUUGGUUCUUAGCAAGGUUAUGCUCAAGAAACAAGGGUUGCCUACCGGCGAUGACGUGGAGAGCAUCCUGACUCGAACCGAAAACUUUCUUGAAGAGGGUAAUUUCGAUGAGGCUGCUCGUGAAAUGAAUAGUCUGCAGGGCUGGGCGAAAUUGCUGAGUAAGGAUUGGCUUGCGGAUGUCCGACAGGUUCUGGAAGUUAAACAGGCUCUCGAGAUCAUCGAGACUGAGGCCCGUCUUCGUUGCUUGCAAGUCGAAUAA